AUGCGUGGUAGAAGACUAGCUCUGAAAGCUAUAGCUUUAAUGUUGUGGACUGGGUGGGUGGUGAGUGUUUUGGGUGGGGCAUUGCCACGCGUAGGAAGCAGGUUAAACGGCGUGGAGAAGGAGAUGGUGAAGCCAGGGCCUGAACGGGACUGGACUGGACUGGACUGGAGGCAGGCAUCCAUCACUCUGUCAAUAAAACUGGCUGCUUAUUUUCAAUCGGCACAAAGGAAAAGAAAGCUUCAAGGACAAAAGAGAAGACUGAGGACUGAAUAUGCAACCCUAGGAGGAAGACUUUCAUGA